CAGCGCCACCCCCUAUGCUCGCUCCCGACGUGGGACUCCGGGCGCGGGCGCGCGGGGGUGUCUUGAGCGCGCGCCCGGGCCAGUGACUGGCUCGGGGAUGGAUGACGGCUCGGUCGCGGGCGAAAGGCCGAAGCGCCAGUCGGGUCGCCGGCGCCUCCUGCUCUUCCUGCCCGAGGGCCGCUGCGGAAGCCCGGGCGGCUUCGGAGGCCCUGCGCGCCGCGGCCUCUCCCCGCUGCCCAGCGGGCCGGGGGCGCUGCGGGCCCGGGGCGGCGCGUCACGUUCGUCGCCGCUGCUCCUCCUCCUGCUCUUGCCGUCCCCACGCCGGGCCGCCGCCCCGUGCCGCCCGCUGGCCGACUGGGAGCUCGCGCGACCCGGGCCUCAGGCGCCCCCGGCCGGGCGCGGCGCGUGGAGGGGCCCGGCGGGGACCGGGGCGGCCGGGGCGCUCCUGUCCUCCAGGAGAGAGCUAAGCCUGUCUGCGCAGUGCCUGCAGCUGGAGCACAAAAGGACAAGUUUCACCUCGCCUGGGAAUCAGAAGCUCUACUUCGACACCCAUGCCAUAGUGUGCUUCCUGGAAGAAAAAGGGUUUACAACUCAGCAAGCAGAAAUCAUUGUGUCUGCAUUGGUCAAGAUCAUGGAGGCCAACACGAACAUCGUCUACAAAGACAUGGUCACCAAGGUGCAGCAGGAGAUCACUCUUCAGCAAAUAAUGUCGAAGAUUGCAAAUGUGAAAAAGGAUAUGAUUAUUUUGGAGAAGAGUGAAUUUUCAGCCCUCAGAGCAGAAAAUGAGAAAAUAAAGCUUGAACUACAUCAGUUAAAACAGCAAGUAACGGAUGAAGUGAUCAAAGUCCGAACAGAUACCAAGUUAGACUUCAAUCUAGAAAAAAGCAGAGUAAAAGAAUUGUAUUCACUGAACGAAAGGAAACUGCUGGAAUUGAGGACGGAAAUAGUGGAAUUGCAUGCCCAGCAGGAUCGGGCACUGACACAGACAGACAGGAAGAUCGAAACUGAGGUCGCUGGCCUCAAGACCAUGCUGGAGGCGCACAAGCUUGACACGAUCAAGUAUCUAGCAGGGUCCAUAUUUACCUGCCUAACAGUAGCUCUGGGAUUUUAUCGCCUGUGGGUAUAAUAAAAUGUCUAUUUAAAGAGAUUUCUAUUGUUUUCCCUUAAGAAUGCUAAAUUGUUCCUUUUUUUCUUGUUUCAAAUUUGAAUCCUGAUUUUUGACUUAAUGCAUAUUAUUUAUUUUUAUGAAAAUUGUGGGCACAUAACCAAGAUAAUGAGGUCAGAAAUCCCUCAAUCGCUCCUUCCGUCUCCUGUUUAAUUGACUGUAACUGAGUGGUGUGGACCAGACAUCAAAGAUCCACUCCGCUGAACUGGUGAACUUGGCCUAACCUGUGGUGCAAACCGACAAGAAAUUUUGGUAUAAUUCUCUGCAGUUUUAAAUCUUUUGUCACACUGGAGAUUCAAGGUCUCCACUGAAAGGACACAGUGACUUUAAGUGCUGAAGAAUCAUUGACAUUCAACCCAAAGCACCAGCUCCUCUUGACCUAGGACCCAGUCCUCAGCCCAGCUCCUCCCAUACCUGGGUGCUUCAGCUGCAGUGGGUUGGUUUGUUAAUAACACACCUGCACUUCUGCACCUCAGUGACUGCCGUUGUCUGAGUCAGUUGUGUUACAUUUACGUGUAAUGUGCCUUCCAACAAGAAACACUUAUGCCUAAUGAAGCCUUGUAAUUAUGAGGGAGAGUUUUUACCUCUUAAAUGCUAGAUUUCCUUUCCUCCCUCGUCUUUCUCUUCCUUUUCCUCAUGAUUUGAGAACUAUACUAAUACUCUACUUGUGCCACUGCCUACCUAGAACACUUACUCAUUCUCAGCAUGGAAUCCUACUUGAGUUUAUGGUGCAGAAUCUACUUUUCUUCUGGCCUUCCUCGGGUUAUUAAGUAAGCAGAGCACUCUGCUUUCCUUCUCUAAGGUGACUAGAUGGGGUGUCCACUUUCACAAUGAAACUCACGCCGUUAGCGAGUCUGCCUUUGCCUGUGACCAGCUCAGACGGCACGCUUUCCAGAUAAGAGAGCAGUCGCGCCCGGCAGCAGCCUCAGCGCCACUGAUCUCUGAAGACAUCCUUAUCCAUGCCUUACCUCUGUAAUUAAAACUCGCAUCCUCGAUACAGCUGGUUUAUUUUGCAGAGGCGCGUUCUCACCUUACUUGACUGAUUGGCUUGUGGGCAAGAAUAAGCAGUGUGGGAGCAAUGGCGUCCAUAGGGCCUGUCUUUCCCGGCAUGCACAUAGCACAUGCGCAGAUGCUCUGGCACAGCGGAGAAACCACGUAAAGAGCUGCUCACCCUGGAAGGGUCAAUUACCCAUCGUCACCAGCCAAGUUGGUAAAAAUGAGUCUCCUUUUGCCCUUUGGGUGUAAUUUCUAAGUUUUAGAAAGUGUUGUCAUUGCCUUUUUAGAAAACAUUUGUGUAAACCAAAAAUUCUGUGCUCUGUACAACAGAAAAAUCAAGUACUUUUAUAUCAUUGGAAGCAGUUUCAAAGUGGGAUGUCAUAAUUUAGUAUUUUUCAAGUAGAUCAAAAAUUGUCUUAACAACUUAGAAUAUUUGCUAUAUUUCCCCCCUUUCCUAAAAGAGGUCCCAGAAAAGACAGCACAUCCAGCCAUCACCUUUGUAUUAUGGGGUUCCCUGAGUGACAUCGCUGUAAGGCCACAUUUGUAACUUCUGGAAGUCACACAACUUUGUUAGGCAUAGCUGGAGAAAGGGCUUGGAGGUCAGACACUCUUACCAGGUCACACCUCCAAAAUAAAGGCUCCCAAGAGGAGAAAGUGCUGUGCACAAUUAUGCUUCAGAGUAAACACUAACCUCAUAAAUGUUAAAACAAAGUGAAGUGUCCUUACAUCUUUAUAUCCUGAUCAGAUAUUUUUAAAAUAAACUAUGGUGGGGUGACAUUCUUACCUCUGCUAAAAGCAUCCCUACCGUCAUCCCUGCUGGUGGCAGUGGACCGUGUCACCCUGUCACUUAACCGGGGCCUUUGGUUGGGCCGGGUGGUUCUCCGCAGCACAGCACAGCCUGUUUUGGCCUUGAGAACACCGGACCGUGCUUUCGAGUGUGGGAUGGGUGCACAUGGGGAGCUAGCAGGGCUUCGAAUCAUGUUCCCUUGUUCAGUCCCAAGGGUUAUAUUUGAAAAGCACUGAGCCAGAAGUACAAACGCACCCUUCCCACCACUGCCUGUCACAUUUGCCACGCGUGCACACAGUGCCAGCACCCUGUGCUGCCUUGGCAGGGGAUGCAGAUCCCUUAGGAGAUAGAAGCAUGCAGUGGGAAGAGGCUGGCAGAAGCUGCAGGUGGCAGGCUGUGGGCACGGGGACUGCCACCAGGCUCGGCCUGACCACAUGCCCAUCGCGCCUGGGUGGGAGCGCAGUGCAGAGCCUAGAGCGGAGCACAAAGUAGAGCCUUGGCGCCUCCUUGUCAUGUGCUAAUCCUCUUCAUCUUCGCCAGGUUCCCCUGCCUGCUUGCUUUCCUCUCUCUCCUCCCCUGCCAGUUAUCUUUUUUCAGGAACCUAAACUACAAUUUCACUCCCCCCCCCCCAUUUUACUAAUACCUGUUGGUGUGUACAGUUCUUUACUGGAAACACUCAUUUUUAUUUCUCUGUUGGUUUUAUUGUCUUAGCUGGUUUUCUAGCUUAAUAUCUAACAAAACUAAGAUUGUGUGCAUGUAUGUUUUUACCCGUCAAGUAUGCCAGGCAGCUCAGUUGGGAAAUCACAAGUUCAAGAAGAAAGGCUGGACUCAAACCAGAAGCCUUGCUGGAAUUUGCCUCUGGAACACUUGAAAAAUAAAAGUCCCGAGCCACAGCGAACCUGUCUGUUGCCUGGCUUGUCUCUGCCCCGGCUUUUACGUUGCUUUUCACUUUGUAGCUGUACCCAGUGACGUCAUGGUCCCCUCUUCUCGUCCCCCUCCCCACCCUCUGCUCAUCAAUUAACUGCAUCAGCCCUGGCAAGCAUUUCUCUCCCUCCACCCUCAGAUCCUGUGUUCUCAGACUUUUGCAUCGUUCCGAAUCAAUAUUCCAUACUGGAACUCAUCUAGAAAACUGACUGUAACAUUUGUUUAUCGAAUUUGUUGUGGCUUUUUCGGCACUAAAGCAAAAACCUGUUGACUGGAAAUAAUUUAUUCAUUAUAUAAAAUAUUUGAGAAUUUUUA